AUGAUGUGGAUGUGGAAAAACGUGCUCAUUCAAUGCUACAAGAGUAACCUAGCAGAAGCUGAAGUCACUGCAUGGACGGCCCCUGCAGCUAUCUCCACACCUUCAGGUGCUGCUAACGCCACAGCCGUAGCUGAAAAUGUAGCAGAAGGAGCAACUCUCUUUACGGCGACAGCAACAGGAGCUGCUACGUACUCCUUGACUGACAACGCUGGUGGAAAAGGGACGAUUGGUUCUACAAGUGGUAUUGUGACUUUAGCGACGGGUCAAUCUAUUGAUUAUGAAACAGCUUCUUCACUAAAGUUUGUUAUCAUUGCCACAGCCACAACCGGUGCCAAUGGAACAGCAACCAUCACUUUGCCAAUCACUGAUGUUAACGAAGCCCCAGCCUUCUCGUCACCUACGAAUACCGUUUGUAUUAACGACAACUCCGCGGAAGCCGGAAACACCAACACCGACUUCGCAGUCGCUAAAACAACAGGCGUGAUAACUGUAGCAACUGGAAAAACCCUUUCUAAAGCUACCGCCGCCACAUACGCACUGGUUGUUAAAGCGGUCGACAAUGCCGCGACAGCGUUGACUGGAUCGACAACAGUAUCGGUCACCGUCGGAGGAUGUAGCGGCACCGGCGCUUUAACGGCACUUUUGUCUUUGAUGUCUGUAGCAAUGAUUGCUACAAAACUUCUUUAG